CCCCAGCGCAUGCGCUGAACUGGACUCAUUGCUAUGGAGACGGCUUUGUAAACAGCUGAAGCGCAGGCAAAUUUCAUCAACAACCUCCGACCUUUUAACUAAAUCAGCGGAAGCUUCGAGAGUUUGUUACCAUGACAGCAGGAUCUGUGGCCGCUCCGCUAAUCAUUCCCAUCAUGCACCUGCAGAUGAACAGAGCCAAGAACCACAUUGACACCAGCACGCCUGUGUCCAUCCAGUCAGAGACUCCUGACGUCACCAUCUACUUCACUCUGGAUGGGUCAAAGCCAGCAGCAACACAACGUUUGUCUGCAGAUAGAGGGAAGUAUAAGGAGCCCAUCCUUCUGCCACCAGGACGUGUGUCUGUCAGGGCGGUGGCCAUGAGCAGAGAUGGAAGAGCGAGCUCCACCGUGACCAAGGUCUUCUCUGUCAUGGAUUUAAAGACUCAAAGGUCGAUUGAUGAAUCCAGUCAGCAGCAUCCAUCAGGUUCUGCUGGAGGUUCUACUGGCGCCGGUCUGAAGCUUCCAGAGCAGGGGAUAGUGGGAAGUCCCUCUGUCCUGUCAGGUCCUCGGUUUCUGGACGGUCAUCUGGGAUGUCGGACAGAGGCGUUGCAGAGCGCCCUGAAGCAGCUGAGUGUCACAGAGUCGACCCGGAUCCAACGACAGACUGACUUUCUUCGGUGUGCUCAGUGUCUGGCUUUCCGUCCCUCGGAUCCGUUUGCUCGGUUCUGUCCACAGUGUGGCGCUGUGGUUCCUGCAUUACCUGAGCAGAGGCUGCCCCCUGCUGAUGGAGGACAGACGCUGUGUUGCGUAUUCUGUAACUCAGAGGUUCCUGUCAACACUCAAAGAUGUUUGAUCUGCGAUGCCUCCAUCAGUCAACAGCUUCGAUCACAGCGCAGCCUCCACCUGCAGGACCCUGUGACCUGUGCUUCCUGUGGUCAUAUGAAUCCAGCUCAUGUCUCCAGCUGUUUGACGUGUGAGCAUCGCUUGCAGACGUCAAUGAUGGGGAACAGUGUCCCCUCUGUCCCUUCAGCACAUGGCAGGACACUGUCAUGUUCCAGAUGCACACGUAAGAACCACAGCGAUGCCAGAUACUGUGACUGGUGCGGCUCGAAGCCUGGUCAUGCAGUACGGUGUGCAAAAUGUUGGCGUUGCGGAGCAACUGGACACCCAUAUGCCUCCUACUGUACAACCUGUGGCAUCUUUUUGGAGGCUUCGCCCUCAUAUCAUAGUGAUGUCAUACAUUCUGUAGGGGAAACUGCCAACCAGGGGUCAAGACAGAAGUCACAUGGUGUCAGCUUGAAGGCCACGCACAUCUCUGAUCCCUCCCACAGUGUGAUUUUAGUACCUCCUACUGUGGAGCAGCACACACAGACUGUGGGACUCUAUUACCCAUCAGCCACUGAGCUCCAGGCAAAGGACCAGCAGAGGGCAGUACAACUUAGUAGGCAGCAAUCGACCAGAGGCUGCCAACCGCCACUGACCGCCAUCAGCCCUGGAAGAGGUUACUGGAGGAAGCAGCUGGACCACAUGUGCGCUCACCUAAGGAGCUACGCCCAGAACAAUGCCCCCUUCAGGGCGCUGCUGGGAGAACCUCGUCUAGGCAGGCUGGUUUCUGCUGUCAUUCAGGAGGAUUGCUGCGAAGUCAGUCUGACCAUCAGCUUCGUGUCAGCCUCAUCUAGAGACAAACAGGUGGAUCCUAAAGGUCCUGAAGACGUCACACCAGCAGGUGAAGCUGCUGGAUCAGAGACACUGAGCAGCGUCACUGAGCGAUCAGCUGAUCACCUCGGAAGUGGACCGUCCACAGGUUCGAUGAAACCAAACCAGAUCUCCAAACUGGGGGUGAAGAACAGUCAGUUGUUGAUGGAGCUGGGUCUGGGUCGAGGACAGAUCAGCAUCAUACAGCAGCUCCUGGAUCAGGGGGCAGAUCCUUCCUGCUACAGCAGCGAUGGUCGUCACGCCUUGGCCGUUGCUGUGGUCAAUGGUCACCAUGACGUCCUUCCUGUUCUGGUGCAGUAUGGCGCCAAUGUGGACCAACAAUCUGAACCGAUGAAGAACACUGCUCUGCACGAGGCGGCGAUGUUGGGUUCUGGAGGCCUGAGGUCUGCCCAUGUUCUGCUCAGCUGUAAGGCUAGUUUGAGGCGGAGGAAUGCCGCCAGUGAGACACCAUACGAUGUGGCCGUGACCUCGGGCUGCGGUGCCAUGAUAUCACUGCUGGCUGCUCAGACGGGACAAGACUUACUGAGCAAACUGGGAAAACCCAAACUGAACCUGGAUGUUUUCUGAUAUGGAACUUUAUGUAGCUCUUUAUUUAACAUGAGCUGGUUGUUUUCAGAUGUUUACAGGAUGGUGGUGAAGCCUCUGGGAGGACAGUGCCAUGGUGGAGAGAAAAUCCCACCUGCAUCUACUAAGUGUCAUAUAAACCCCACCCACAUCUACUAUAAGUGUCAUCAGCCAACAGGUCAUCUCAGAUUUCCAAACUAUAACCAAACUGUGUAAUUCUGUAUGUUCCAGAGAUAAGAUAGUAUUGGUUGUUGAUGUGCAUUUUUCUGAAAUUGUUCCAUAGUUUAUGGACAUGGCUUAUGAUCCAUCUUAACUCCUGCAGACACUUUCUCUAAGAUCUUUUUAUAUCCAGUCAUGUUGGAAAAUGUUCCUCUAGAUGUUUCUUAUUCCCACCUUUUUGGAGAUGUGUUUUAGAGAUUCUGUCAUCAGAUUCAACAUGAUCUUUUUCUUAAACAUUUGAUACAUGUUUUUGUUCUAUUGUUAAUAAAAUAUGAGUUAAUGAGAUUUACAAAUCAAAUUGUUUCUGUUUUCAUUGACAUUUUAAAACUUCCCAUCUUUUUUUCUUUUUUUUGAAAUUGAAUGGUAUGAGUCCAGGGGCCUGUGA